AUGUCAGGUUGGAGGAGUCUCAAUGUAGGCGUUAUCGGCGGGGGUAUUGGUGGCAUGUCCACUGCAGUUGCUUUGCGUCGUGCAGGACAUACUGUGACCAUUUAUGAAAAGUCGGACUUUGCGGGCGAAGUUGGCGCAUCGGUUUCGUGCGCUGCCAAUGGAACCCGCUGGUUGCACGAGUGGAAUGUGGAUGUUGCCAAGGGUGACCCUGUGAUUUUGAAGAAGCUUAUCAAUCGCGACUGGAAGACAGGGGAGCCCGUCAGUGUGUACGACCUCGAUGAUUAUGAGAAGCGCUGGGGGUAUGCAUACAACAUGUUCCAUCGCCAGUACAUGCAUGCCAUGCUAAAGGAUUCGGCGUUGGGCGAGGGUGAAGGAGCACCAGCAAUUCUCAAAGUGAACUACCGUUGUCGCGAUAUAGAUCUGAAGACGAGUACAAUCGUUUUCGAAAACGGCGAGGUUGUGACCCACGACCUAAUUGUCGGUGCAGAUGGAAUCGGAUCAGCCGUGCGAGGGAUUCUCGGUAUCACACCCGAAAAGCGACCCUCCGACCAGAGUUGCUUGCACACCAACGUCAACACUGAGGAUGCCAUCAGACUGGGCCUGGUCAACUACUCUGACAAUAGCGCACUAGAGUACUGGGGUGGCCAGGAAGGCAAAUGGGACAAGAUUGUUCUGUCCCCCUGUAAUGGCGGCAAGCUUCUAUCCUAUUAUUGCUUCUUUCCGCGGGACCAAGGUGACUAUUCAACACAGGCAUGGAGUGUCGAAGACCGCCCUGUUGAGGAACUCCUUACCCCAUACCCCGAGCUGGACCGACAAGUGUUCAAUCAUCUAAUGAUUGGGACCGAGAUCAAGCCAUGGCGUCUUUGGGUUCAUGAUCCAUAUCAGUAUAUCCAACGGGGUAGCACCUGUCUCUUGGGAGAUGCUGCACACCCGAUGAUGCCCCAUCAAAGCCAAGGAGCCUGCAUGGCUAUUGAAGAUGCGGCAGCACUUGGCCUCCUGUUUGAUAAGCGUUAUUUUUUAGGGGAUAUCGCCCAAGCCCUCGCUGUUUACGAGGAGGUACGUCUUCCUCGCGUCACAAAGGUGCAAGCAGCAGCCGCCAAGGCGGCUUAUAACAUCAACGAGCGGAUUGGUUUCUCCGUCAACAAAGAUAUCCCAACCUAUAAAGUCGAAGACACGAAGAAGGUUUUGACUAUAGAGGAGAUGAAUGCUUACGAUAUGUACAGAGAUAUUGAAGAGAAGCUUGCCAACAAGCGCGGGGCAACUUAUACCGACAAGUUCCUGUGCGGACUUCCCAUCGGACUGAAGUUGCCGAACGGGAUUACGAUUGGCGAACUUGGUGUAUGA